AUGGAACGAAACGAGGAAGAUUUCAGUGUGGCAGAAGAUGUAGAAGAAAGUGUGUGGAGAAGUGCAAAGAGUGACACAGGCAGAGUAGAAACUUCUCGAAAACGAAAAAGAAAUCACCGAUCCCCGACGACAUCGGAAUCUGAACAUUCCGAUGAUUUGCGAAGAAGGAAGCACGGAAGCCGUAGGCACAGAAAACGUCAGGCAAGAUUGGAGGAGGAAAAUCUGCGACUGCUUGCACUGCUUUCCAGACGAGUACGUGUUCCGAUGGAUCUCAUCAAAUUUGAUCCGAAAACGACUGACGCGACUGGUUGGGUGAAAAUGGUUGACGAGUGGAUUCGCCGUUAUAAUCCUGAUGAUUAUGAAAUUGUCCAGCAUUUGGCGAAAGCAUUUAAAGACGAAGCGGCACAGUGGUUCACUGGUAUGGAUCCCUCAGGAAAAAGCUGGGUAGAAAUACGUUCUGAGUUUUUAAGUGCGUAUGCGAAAAAUAAAAACGUUGCGUCGGAGCUGCACACGAUUUGGAUGGAAGACGCAGAGUUUACACUCGAAAAUUUUAUGAAGAAAGGGAGAAAAUUAAAAGCGUGGCUCAACGAGAGAAAAACGGUGGACGAGACUGCAGCUCAACUUACGGGAUUAUCCUAUUCGGCGCAAAAUAGAUUUGUUCGCAACAUCUUUGUGCGAGAAUCUCCUAAAAGCCUACAAGAAGCGAUGGCGUACCUUGAUGGACGAACGACCGACUUCCAUCAACCGCGUGCAUCCUCCAGAGCCCCUGGUCCACAUACUAAGACUUUGGCGCCGCGAGAUGGUAAGUCGCACCGUUUUGACAUCGAGUGCUACAAUUGUGGAAGAAAAGGACAUCGGAAGGCCGAAUGUCGAUCAGCUCUGCAGACACAGCGUGGCAGUUACUCACGGGUCAUCAAGGAACUGGACGGUAGAGGUUUGGGGUCAAAGAAGCCGAUAACCUGCUACAACUGUAAGGAAGAGGGACACAUUGCCCCGAGUUGCCCUAAGAAGAACGAGAAGGUAGUGAGGCUUUGUCAUUCUACCUCCACUGAGAAUACUCUGAAGCUUGCUGACGGUAAGGUGUUGACGUUCAUCUUUGACUCUGGUUCGGACUGUUCUCUUGUAACAGAGAGUUUGGCGGAGAGGUUGCCUGGUAAAAGACAAGUCGUUUGUACGCGUUUGAGGGGCUUAGGAAAUGGGUAUGUGGAUUGCCGUGAGAUGAUCUCAGUGUGUGCACAGUUGAAUAGCAUCAAUGUUGAAAUUGAUUUAUUUGUAGUACCGGACGAAAGUUUGUCCACAAAAAUAAUUCUGGGUAAAGAAUUGUUAGCAAAUGGUAUCUCAGUCACAUUAGAUGGAACCAUAGUUAAAUUUGCAAAAUUACACAAGUUUGUUGGUGCGUGUGUUGCAACUACUAAUUUUGAUACUGUAGAUUGCGAUGUGGAAGAGAUGAGAGAAUCACUUUUGAAAUUGUUAAGACUGCACGCGGAACAUAUGAGUGUUGAUACUCCUAGGAUUCGUGUAACAUCUGGCAGCUUUGAGAUUAGACUGAAAGAUGAAAAUAAAAUUGUACAGCGAAGACCUUAUAAGCUAGGAAUUUUAGAGCGUGAGAGUGUUAGACAUAUGGUAAAUAAAAUGCUUGAGGCAGGAAUCGUUCGAGAAAGCAGGAGUCCGUUUUCUAGUCCAAUUAUCUUAGUUAAGAAAAAGGAUGGAUCAGAUAGAUUGUGUGUGGAUUUUCGGGAGUUAAACGCCAAUACAGUAGCAGAUCGUUAUCCGCUACCGUUGAUUCAAGAUCAAUUAGAUCGACUGUGCGCUGAUGACUGGUUGAUGGUAGCUCAGCAGAAAGAUGACGAAAUAAAAACUUUGUACCGUGAGGUAAUAGAAGGAUCAGAGAGAGCAAAAACAUAUUCAAUUAGAGACAAAAUUUUGAUGCGGACGAUAAACAGAAAAUCGAAACAGGACAGCUGUGUCGCAGAAAGUGAAGAAGGUAAGAACAAAGUUCCGAAGUGA